UGUAACGAAAUCUUCUGUUUUCGCUGGGACAAACCGUUGCCAAGCGGAUUUAGCGUACUGCAGGACAUUGUUAAAAGUGAGUUAAAUCGGUUGAAAUUGUGCAUUCCGUGCGGCAAACACCCGCAGUGUGUGAAAAUCCGUUGUUUUGUAAAGUGUAGCGCGGCAGCCAAUUUCGCGUUUCACAUCCGCCCGAACAAGAAGCGAGCUGGAAUUGCAGAGCAGGAGGAGGAAGAAAAAGAAGCGAACAAGAAGAUCGAUCGCGGAGGCUGCGCGCUGGCUUCAUAAUUGACAGCUUUCUACGAUCAGCGAUCAGCUCCACAGGAGGGAAAGGCAAAAAAAAAACCCAUCCGAUCGCGAGUGGUUGGGCAGUGGAAAACUUUCUAAGCCAAACGAGCCCUACAGUGGCAAAGUUGAUCCGCGGAUUUGGGGGGCAAAUCGGUGCAUAUCCGCUGCGAGCGUUCCCCGUACGCAGCAUCAUCGUCCGCGGCAAAGGAAUUUGCGCUCGGGUCACGACGCUGUUGUUCUCGGUUAAAUGGCAUCAUCGCCCAGUGGUGAAGGAAUGCGGACAGCAUUAAACAAAUAAUACGAGCAAUAUCAAGAGCGCAAGAGAUGGUACCGUUCGCAGCAAGCAGGAAGUGUUGUGUACAAAUAGCGGAUUGGAAUGUGAGUGGCUGCUUUGCAUGUUGCAGCAGCAUCGAGGAAGAUUGAAUUCGGACAGUGAACGAUGCUACAGUAGCACCGUACAAGAAUACAAGACAUUUUUUGGACGCUUAAGAGAAGGUUGUGCAGAAGUUUUUAGCCCUAUCUAUCCCCAGCAUGCAUGCAGGAGGAGUGGGCGGAGGUGGUAGUGGUGGUGGAGGCGGUGGUGGCGGUGGCGGUGCAGCACAUCGCCGACGCAAGAAACGAUCCAACUAUGGUAACCGUACGGUGGAAGUGAACCGUGGCUCGAAUGGGUUCGGGUUCACCAUAUCCGGCCAGCAGCCCUGCAUCCUGUCCUGCAUCGUGGCGGGAUCGCCGGCCGAUCUGGCCGGACUGCGCGCCGGCGACUUUCUCAUCUCGGUCAACGGGCUGAACGUAUCGAAGCUGCCGCACGAAUCGGUGGUGCAGCUGAUCGGUACCACGCACGGCACGAUACGCAUGGCCAUCGCGGAGAACUACUACUCGGACAGCUCGGACGAGGACAUCCUGUUUCACGGUGCGCAGCAGCAACGCACCCGCCCCAAGUACCCGCACAAGACCAAGUUCUCGCGCGCCAACACACAGGGCUGCAGCUCCGGCGGUGGUGCGCCGGACCGGAUGGUUGCAACGGGCUCUAGCAGCCCGAUCAAACCGUUACUGUUGGGCGGACCGGAAAAUGGACCGGAAGAGUGCGUGGUAAACGAUACCACACCGCCGGGAGCAACCACCGCGUACAACGUGAUCCACAGCCCGAAUGCCAGCAAUAGCUGUGAUAUUUCCAACGUCAGUGCAAUGGUACGCUCGGUACAGCUGGGAGGGGCGGUCGGCGACGAAGCGGCGCUGGUGCGCCCGUCCGGCUCGGGCCAGGGCCCCGGGCAGGAGGGUUCGCUCGAGUACCAGGCGAUCGUGGGCUAUCUGGGCACGAUCGAGAUGCCGAAGCAGAUUGCCACCAGCUCGAAGCUGCAGACGGUGCGCAGCUGCAUCCGCAAGAUGCGGCAGGAGAAGCGCAACCCAACGACGGUGCUGAUGACGAUACUGCCCUCCUGCCUGAAUCUGACCAACACGAGCAACAAUCUGAUCGCGAAGUACGCCUCGGCCCGGCUCAGCUACGUUAGCAGCAGCAGCGAGAGCGACAACCGCUACUUUGGCCUGGUAACGUCGGCGAUCUACGCGGACGGGCUGAUGUGCGACAGUGCGGAUGUGCUGAGCCACCCGCGCAAGGACGUGGUCAUCUCGAACAGUUGCCACGUGUUUGUGAUCGAUGGGAAGCUGGUCGAGCACGAGGUGCACCUGGAGAAGGCGGCCCUGUUUCGCAUCGUCUGCACGAAGGAUCCGAUCACGAACCUGUGCCUCGAGUUUCCCUCCAACUCGGAGUACGUGGUCAAUCUGAUACGCAGCAUGUACAGCUUAAAGUCGCCGCUCAAAGCGGACGGAGGGCCGGGCGGGUACGGCAAGCCGCCCGUCGCUCGGAGCUUGAAUCUGGACGCUGCCGGUGCCGCCCGUGGCUUCCCGCGCAAUCGAUCGGACCCGCGGCUUAACCCACGCGGGGCGGGGAUGGAUAUGGAUGCGCAUGACAUGCUGGCGGCGAACUCGCCGCAACCGAGCAACCACAGCGAAAUCACCACCACGUCGAGCAAUUCCGACUCGGGCAUUGGGUUUCACAACGACUGCCGCAACAUCUCGGACCGCAUACUGCUGGUCGACUUUCCCGGUAUGCUCGGGCCGGCCCAGCAGCGACUGCUACAGCAGCAGCAGAUAGCGAACGUGCGAGCACACUGCCGGAAAUCGCAUCCCUUUUUGCGCCCGGUCGGUAUUAUUAACGAGAUUCCGCCGAAGAUGGAUCCGAUACGCAACAUCCGGAGUAUGGGUGGCGCGGGAUGCUCUGCGGACGGUGCGGGUCCUUCUGGGCGGAGUGGGCUGCAAAUUUCGCACGGCAAAUCAAAAUCGGCCGACUACAGCUUCCCAUCGACGUCGUCCGGAAUGUCACCGUUCGUGGAUCGGCUGACGGUGCGUGCCAGGCCCGAUCCGAAACCGUUCUCCCCGGAUCGAUCACCUACAAAGGAGAAUGCUUUGAACUGUAUGCAAGACGCGGAGCCGUCCGAGCUGAUGGAGCAGGAGGAGGCGCAGGAUCGGUGGACGUGCGGCGGUCGCACGCUAGACGAGCAGGGCAAUGUGGUCGAAGAACGUGCCAUCGAUGUGCCGCCGAUGCAGGAGCUGUUUCUCGAUCUGGAACGGUACAACAAUGACAACGUGAAGAACAGCCUGCUGGCCGCCCGGUCCUGUGACGAUAUGAUCCUGUCGCUCGGGAAGAAACCGACCGACGGUGACGAAGACAUCAACGAACGGAUGCUGCUCGAUGCGGAAGCGUACGAGCGGUUGAAGGUGAAACUCUCGAUCGACGAUUUGACGCUCAUCUCUUCCGGAUGCACGGGACCGGCGGGAGCCGCUAGCGAUGAGGUCGGUCGGUCUGCCGGCAACAGCAACCACUCCAACCAGCACGUGUUCCUGCAGCCCCUGAAGCCGGUGAAACGGUCCAAGAAAGCGUGCACAACGCACACGGCGAAGGCGGGCAACGGGAAGCUGGCCGCCAUACACGGCAUGGCACCGACGGCCGACGAGAACGCAUCGGUACACGGUCGCCGCGGGGGCGAUAAGAUGACGGCGUACAAACUGAGCCCGAAAGUGUUUGGGCUGCCGCGUCCCAUAUCGGUUAGCUUCGAAAACAUUUCCACCCUUUCCUCCUCCGGGGUUGGUGGUGCUGAUGGUGGUGCACGCGAUAGUGGUGCCGGUGACGGCGGCGGUGGCGAUAAGCGACUGAGCGUUGGCGGUGGUGAGAUGUAUUACGACGGCGAGGACAGUGUACGGCAUGGUGCGAACAAAAACGUCCUCCAUGGCAAUGGGACGCCCGGUAGAAAAAGCCGGGCUACGAAACGGCUGAGCGGUGGGUUUUCCGCCAUCUGGGGCAGCCUGCAGGAGCUGCGAAGUGGAAGCUUCGGCGGAGCCAAGGGCGAGGAUCGAUCGAAGCCGGUCGAGCAUGGUAAAAAUGUGGCGUCGGACGUGUGCUACGGCGAGGGUGAGCUGGUGGCGGAUGCGGCCAAAAAGAAGGAACGUGAACGGCGGCUUAGCGGUAUGAAGAUUCUGGAGGCGACGUACAGCGAGCCGGAUCUGCGGUAUGAUGAGGUGAGUGCUCCCAAUCUGCUCGAGGGUGUUGUUCACGAUGAGGACGACGUCACGGAAAGUAGUCAAGGUAAAACAAUUAAUCACAGCGCAUCGCCAUUCCGGCGCUGGGGCCAGUCGUCUUUGCGAUCCCGCUCGACCGAACACCGCACCCCGACGAAUGGAUCGGCCCGGCGGCCGUCCUCGCUGGCCGCCUCCGAGAGCGACGUGUACACCAAGUCGAUCGACGAUGACUACAGCUCGACCAAGAGCGGCUAUAAUCCGUACACGGGCGGUGGCAGUGCGGGAGGCGGAGUGGAUACGCUUUCCACGGAAUCGGCAACGAUCGCAGCCGGGCCGAUGGGAGCGGCUGGAACCGGUGGUAACGGCGGCACGACAACCGGACCGACCGGUGUCGCAUCGUGGGGAACGUCCUUCGAAAAGCUGCUGGAAGAUGCGGCCGGACUGCACACAUUCUCGGAAUUUCUCAAGAAGGAGUUCUCCGCCGAAAACAUCUACUUCUGGACGGCGUGCGAACGCUACCGGCAGCUGACGGAGCGGGAGGAGCGGGCGCGCGAAGCGCAGGCCAUCUUUGCCCGCCAUCUGGAGUCGGGCUGCAGCGAACCGGUCAACGUGGACUCGAUCGCGCGCAACAUUGCGCUGGAGAAUCUGCCCCAGGCCGAACCGACCCUGUUUGCGGCGGCCCAGAAGCAGAUCUUCAAUCUGAUGAAGUUUGACAGCUACCAGCGCUUCAUCAAGUCGGACCUGUACCGCGUGUGCCAGGAGGCGGAAGGGAAGGGCCAGGGGUUGCCGUAUCCGGGCGAACAGCUCGAUCCGAUGCUACGGACCAGCGCCACGAUGCUGACGGCGAGCGGUACCGGCACCGCGGCGAGCAUUACGAAGCUAAAGAAGUCGCUAAGCAAUGCGGAAGAUCGACGACGCAAAUCGCUGCUGCCGUGGCAUCGCAAGACGCGCUGCAAAUCGAAGGACCGCGGGGACUCGGACACGUCCAAGAAGGAUAGCAAGGAAAAGGGUGGCGGUUCGGGAGGUGGUGGUGGUGGUGAGAAAGCUUCCGGCACGACCACAACCGGGGGCGGAAGUAGCAGCAACACGUUGAAGUUGCUUUCCACCAAUUCUACCAGCGACAUACACAGUUCUCGAAGUUCCUUAGCAAGUUUUGAUGCGGCGAUCGGUGGCAAAUCGUGCGAUCCGGACGACUCACGCAACACGCUCUGUCGGGUGAUCCUUUCGAACGGUGCGACCACCGUCGUGCAGACGCGAUCGAACGAAACGAUCAAGGAGCUGGUGGAGCGGCUGCUGGAAAAGCGCGGCAUCGUGUACAACGCGUACGAGGCGUUCCUGGCCGGCAGCACGAAACCGCUCGACCUGGACGGCCCGUCGGUGAGCUUGGCCGGCAAGGAGGUGAACAUCGAUCAGCGCGUCGUGUUCAAGCUGAACCUGCCGAACCGGAAGAUGAUAUCGGUCAAGAGCAAGGCGGCGAAACCGCUCGCGGACGUGCUGCGGCCGAUCCUGCACAAGUACAACUACGAGCUGGACGAGAUGAAGGUGGUCGUGCACUCGACGGUCGACGUGUGUCUCGACAUGACGCAACCCGUGACCACGGUCGAUGGAUUGUGUCUGUACAUACGCAGCGCGAACGAAACGCCAAACGUGCAUCCUGAGCUGGGUCGUCCGCUGGCAGGGGCGCGACCAGUAAUCAACACCGCCACCCAUCAGCAGAUCGUGCAUCACUUCCAGCAGCAACAGCAGCAGCAGCUGCUGCAGCUACAAAACGGUCCGCAAGCGAGUGCCGCCGGUCAGCAGCAGCAUACGUUUGCCGUUCCGUCUGCUCUUCCUCCGUCGUACGCGGUGGCAACGAACAGCAAGAGUCAGCAAUUACUCGGAAACGGCACAGCUGCUUCCGCCACGUGCAAUAAUAACACUGUAAACCAAACGCAAUCCCGUGCCAAGGAGCAGUCGGAGCAGCAGUCGAAGGACGAUCAGCACCAGCAGCAGCAGGCAGGCGUCGGGGCCGGCACUCGGGGUCAGCAGGAGCUUAACUCACUGGACGAAAUAACGAACAAGGUGUUCGACGAGUUGAGGAAUGGCAAAACGGCCUUCGGUGGUGUUGUGACGGCAGUUGGAAAGGGGCCCGGCACCGUGGAUGUAGAUUGCGCGUCCGAUACUUCAUCGACGCGGCGCGAUCGAUUCCGUAGGCGCGGCUCCAACGCAGCACCGUCGGAGAGUGGCCGCGGGGCGAAAAGUAAAAAAUGCUCCACCGGCGGCUCGGAGGACGGUGGAGAGAGUGUGAACAAUCUCGGCAUCAAGAAGCCAAUCAUCGCGAAACUGAAGGCGGGUGUCAAGCUGCAGAUACCGACACGCUCCCAGAACGAUGAGCUGCUGGAGGGUCUGAAGCGAGCCCAACGGAGCCGGUUGGAAGAUCAGCGGGGCACGGAAAUCAAUUUCGAGCUGCCCGACUUUCUGAAGGACAAGGAAAACUUUUCCACUAGCUCCGCUGCGGUUAGUAGUAGUGCGGGAUCGAUUGGCGCCUCGGCAGUACCCUCGUCGGCGGCAGGCCCUUCCAAGCUGACGCGCAGUAAGCCGGCCCGCCGCUCGGAGGCUACCACCCCGACGGCGGAGUUUGUGGGCGGUUCGUUGCAGCAAAUCAACAAGCCCCAGCCAGCGCCACGGUUAUCGAUCACCGGGCAGCAGGGUCGCCAGAACCUGUCCGGGCCGGGAUCGCCCGUCCAUGCGGCCGUCAGCGAUAGCCAUCUGAAUCUGUCCACCCAGUGCAAUGCUUCGCCCCUGCCGCAGGACGAUCCAUUCCACGUGCACGGGGGCGGCAGUGGCACUAAUGGCGGUUCGCAGUCCGAAACUAGCUAUGCCGACACUACCCUAGUCUUCACCCAUGCCCGACCUUACAAUGGUCAAGCGCUGGUGACCGCCACACCCCGCACCAUCCCAUCUAGUUCCGCAUCGCAGCAUUAUUCCGGCGAUCAUUCUAGCGAUUCCAGCAGCACGGCCGACGGUCCCGACCUGCCCAACCUCGCGUGCUGCGAGCAUCAUCCGCACGAAAUGUCGCCCGACAGUUCCUCGCCACCGACACAUGCCAAUCAUUUGCAUCCACUGCACUACCACCCGGCCGGCGCUGGAGCGUCCGGUGCGAAUGGUGCGGCUGGCGCAACACCUAACGGCAACACGUCCACCAACAAUCCCUACCCGCUAGCGGUACACUAUCCGUCCCAUCAUCAUCACCAUCCGCACCUGCAUCCGCAUCAUCAUCCCCAUGGGCAGCACUACCAUCAUCAUCAUCACCAUCAUACUCAUAAUGGCGGUGGGGGCUACCAGACGGCGACGUCGCAACCGGUAGCGAAUGGAAGUAACGCUACCGCCGCCCCAGGUCAGGACGGGCAGCCGAAUGCGAUCAGUGGUGGUGCGCCCGAUAGUCAGAAGGGACCACCGCCGUUACCACCGAAGCCGAAAAUUCUACCCAUUAAACCCUCCAACUGGGGCCACCCGGUGGCUGCCUCGUAUGCACCGGGACCGCCUGGCAGUGCUGGUGCGCCUGGUGGUGGUGCUAGUGAGCUGCUCGGUGGUCUCUCCACUACUACACUCAGCACCAAUGGGAGUAUGGGAAGUAGUGUUAAUGGCACGGGUGCAACCGUUGGCGGUCUUAGUCCCUCCAGCAGCACGGUUAGCAGUCAUCAUCCUAGUAGCAAUAGUAACGGUGUAGGUGUGGGAACUGUCGUGGGGAGUAAUGGUAUUGUAAGUCCAACCACGCACAAUGAUUUAUCGCGCGGAGGCCGCGAAGGGAAUCGACAGCAGCGAGCCAGCAGUGGCAACGAUGGUGGCAGCAGUAAUGCAUCGGCGAUCAGUGUUGCCGUUGCGCAAGCACGCAAUGUAUAUUUCGAUCAAGGGAAUAGCAGCUUUGUGUAGCAGUAAUCGGUUAUAGUCAAAAUGCGGUUCCAACGAUUCGGACGUCCAGAGGCGGAGUAGGAUUCUUCAAAUUUGGCUCUUCAUAAAACAAAAGUGUAAAAGAUCGUUUUUAUAUAGCUCGGGGGGAUAAAAAUUAAUUUAUUCCAAAUUUCAACUUGCUUAAACAUUGUUAGCACAAUUCAACGGGGCGAUUGGAUUGGGAAUCGGCGUGAUAAUACUAUGUGUGGUUUGUGAUGUUAAAAGUUUCGCCACGAAGAUAUUGAUUCCUUUGUAAAUAGUCAACACUGGACAUCGCCUAUCGGGCGGGAAGAUUAUAGCAUAGUGAGGAUAAUGUAAUGAAAGCUUUGAAUAAAUAUAAAUUAUUUAAUUUUCUAUUUUAA